AUGAAAGAAUCACCAGAAUAUCAAUUUGUGUAUUUUGCUCAGAUCGGAGAUCUUGCACGAAUGAAACAAUGCUGGGAAGAACAGAAAAUUACUAACAUUGAUUGCUAUGGAUUAAUGGGAAAUGCACUGCAUUGGGCUUGUUCUCGAGGACAUGUUGAAAUUGUUAAAUAUUUAAUUCAAAACGGAGCAAAUGUUAAUAAUUUAACGACACAGUUUUUUGGUACAUUUAAGCUUUCUGCUCUGAACACUGCUGCUUUUUGGGGAAAUUUAAAAAUUACAAAAAUUCUGUUGAAACAUGGAGCUGAUAAAUGCAUUCGACAAAGUGUUCUUGAUAAUGGAAAGAAAUCAUUAUUAUCCGUACAUGAAAGAGAGGAAGAGAAAACUCCAGAAGAAGUGGCACGAUCGAAAGGAUACGUUCAAGUGGCAGAUUAUAUUGCAAAUUUUAAUUAUGACAAUUAUCAAGUGAGAAAAAGAUCAAAAAAUAGAUUUAAGAAAAAACUUGUUUCCAUUCUGUGGCUUUCCAAUGAACAUGAUGGUUGUUUAGUGUUACAUUCGACUUUUUCAGACAUUUCCAUUCAAUGUUGGCCAUUUGUGAAUUUAAUAACAAGUACAGAAUCAGUUUCAUCUUGUUUAAUGAACACUACCUCAAUCAUGGAUUCAAUCCAAUCUUAUGAAAGUUCAAGUGCAAAUUCGAACAAUGAAGCAACUGUUCUGGAAGAAUCAACAACAUCCAGAUCAGAAGAAGAAGAAUCAUUAUCAGCUCGUUCGGGGCGACAAGAAUCAUCAUCGCCCGUAUUAACCACCUCUCCAACAACAACUCCAUUCAAAAAACGAAAACUCAUUCACACCAACUCGAGUGUCCGAUAG